CAAUCACCAGACCUUUACCCCAUCGUGAGGGCGCCGCCCUGCGCCGUCACGCUCGCCCGUUCGUGCCGCGCCUCGCACGAGAUCCCCAACGACGGCGAGGGCAGGGAGCCGCUGCCCAGCUGCACGCUCGCCUCUGCAGAUCCCCAACGACGGCGAGUGCAGUCAGCCGCUGUCCAGCUCGCCCCUGCAGAUCAGCCGUUCGCCGUCCACGCUCGCCCCUGCAGAUCCCUGGCAGUCAGCCUCUGUUCAGCUGCACGCUCGCCAGUGCAGAUCCUCGGCGAGGGCAGGUAGCUGCUGUCUCCCCUGCGGAUCAGCUAGGCUCCGUUCCAUGUGUGCCGCCGCGCUUGCCGGGGGCCGGUGAUGGCUGUCGUGCUGUCACCCGUUCGGAUCAGAUAGGCACCGCCACACUUGCCGUGGUGCCAUCGUGCCAUCGAAGCCGGCCCCCUGCCUAUCGCUCCGAGCUGCGCCUUCACUAACGUCGUGCCAAGGCGCCGCCCUCCCGUCCAGAGCAAUCCCCGUCGAGUAGGUCCGCAUUGACGCUCGCCAUUGACGCCCUGCAAACAAGAUGGACAGAAGUUGGAUCAAUUCAAGGCUAUUUAGCAAGCCACAUCUGGAUGGGGUUGAUGAGUUCAUGAAGUUUGUUUCAGAAAGAUGUGAGGAGAAUGAAGAGAUACUUUGUCCUUGUCGUAAGUGCUUGAAUCAGGUUCAUAGGCAUAAAGGAGUUGUGGAGGACCACUUAUAUAUUAAUGGCAUGUACAGCACAUACAUUAGGUGGAUACUUCAUGGUGAACCACCAGAUGGCAGAAUUAAUGAAAAUGCAGAUCGUAUGGAUGAACAUAUUGGUUUCAAUGAGAAUUCUAAUGAAAAUAUUGGAAUGAAUGAGGAGGAGGAACAAGAUGAUGAUAGAUUGCCUGAUAUGCUAGAGGAGUUGUAUGCAGCUGAACAAGAUGAAGGAAAAUCUUUGUUUGCAUCUGUAUUAGAGGAGAUGAAAAAGGAACUUUACCCCGGUGCAGCUAGUACAAGAUUUUCUUUUGUGGUGAGGUUACUCCACAUCAAGUCAUUCUAUCGAAUAAGCAAUGUUGCAUUCAAUGCAAUUCUGAAGCUGUUAUCAUUGGCAUUUCCCAAUUGCUCUCUUCCCGCAUCUUUCCAUGAAGCGAAGAAACUUAUUCGUGCAUUGGGACUCGGAUAUGAGUCAAUCCAUGUGUGCCCCAAUAAUUGUAUUUUGUUUCGGAAGGAACAUGCAAACAAAGAUAAUUGCCUAGUUUGUGAUGAAUCAAGAUGGAAAGAUAAUGAUGCAAAGAAAAAGAUACCUCAAAAGGUGUUGCGACAUUUUCCAUUGAUUCCAAGGCUGAAGAGGAUGUUUGCUUCCAAGAAAACAGCUGAGGAGCUACAAUGGCACAAGUUGAAGAGAAAACCGAUGGAUAAUGAGCUUAGUCAUCCAGCUGAUGGUGAGGCAUGGAAGGACUUUGAUAGAAAAUAUGAGUGGUUUGCGAACGAUCCAAGAAACAUCAGGCUUGGCCUUGCUACGGAUGGUUUCAAUCCAUUUGGCAAAAUGAACGCCACAUAUAGCAUGUGGCCGGUAUUUCUUGUGCCCUAUAACUUUCCUCCAUGGCUCCAUGGUUAUGUAUGGAACAAUCAAACUUCAUGAUGUGCCUACUCAUCCCUGGAAAGGAAUGCCCUGGAAAGGAUUUUAAUGUCUUUUUGGAGCCACUAGUUGAAGAGCUGCUAGAUCUUUGGAAAGGUAUCAGUACCUUCGAUGCUGUUAGUAGAAAAACUUUUGAUCUACAUGCUGCGGUCAUAUGGUGUAUUCAUGAUUAUCCAGCUUUGAGCACAUUGUCAGGCAGAGUCACAAGAGGUUAUUAUGCAUGUGUUCGUUGUGAUAAAAAUCCUUGCUCUAGAAGAAUAAGGAAUAAGAUAUGUUAUAUUGGCCAUCGACGUUUCCUUCCAGCAGACCAUCCAUGGAGGAGAAAGAAAUGUUUUGAUGGUCAGGUUGAAGAACGUGGCAGACCAGAGGAGUUUACUUUGGAAGAGCUGAUGCAACAAUUGGAGAGAGUUAAGGAUGUUAGGCCAGGAAAGCAUCCUCAAAGCAAGAAGAGAAAGCGGGGAGAAGAUGAUCAUCAAUGCUGGAAGAGAAGGUCUUGUUUGUUUGAUUUGCCGUAUUGGACUAGUUUGAAGCUACCGCACAAUCUUGAUGUAAUGCACAUUGAAAAAAAUAUAUGUGACUACAUUCUUGCUACAUUUCUCGGCCUGGUUGGGAAGUCAAAGGACAAUAUCAAUGCUAGGCUUGAUUUAGAGGAUAUGGGCAUAAGAAAAAAAUUACACUUGAGGUAUGAUGGAAAAUCAUACUGUGUUUAGAGGAUAUGCCGCCUGGUCGUAAGCGUGGAACAGGCAAGGCCCCAGAAGCAGAGCCACCACUCACAGAAUAUGAAAGACAGAGGGCUCAAACAAUGAUGAGGAACAACCAGGUGCUGCGCAGUCUUGGGGUGACUACAUUGGCUUCAAUUCUCAACAGUUUGAGUGCAAAGAAAAAGGCAGCAGCUCGUGAAGACUCUGGUUCUUUGUAUGAACCCCAAGAUAUAGAGGGCGCAGAAGAUGAUGUGGUCGAUCAGAUGACAGUGAACACGGUCAUGAGUACUGGAGGAGCAAGGGGCUCAAAGAGGAUCUCUGUGGGACCUGUGGAACAAGAGCAACCUGCUAGAAUGACUAGGCAGAGGACAAGGGAACUGACAUCAAUUGAGGAAGGUCUGCUUGACACAACUACAAGUGUGCAGCAAGAUUCACUGCCUGCACAAGUUGAUGAACAGGAACAGAUGUGCAAUGAAGGUGAGUCUAGUUCCAUGGCAAAUCAACGCAGCAGGGGAAGAAGUAUGGGCAAAGAUCUGGAAAGGAUGUGUAGAGGUUUGAACACGAAGAUUCCAGUGGUCAUUGCUGAGGGGAAGAGAAGGCCAGAGGUGCCCAUGCAAGCAGCAAAGCUUGCAUCUGAGGGUGGUAUUAUACUGAGGCAACAUAUACCAAUCUACACACACUGGAAGGAGUACAAGAAAGAUGAGGCUCCUCUUAAGGACUACAUGGGGAAAGUUGCUGUUAAAUUUACCAUGGACACCAACAACAGUGCUGUGAAGUCUGCAUGCACUGAUCUGCUGAAGUCUGGGCAGCGACAAAUGAGGCAUAAGCUAAAGAAAAAUUACUUUGAUGAUGUACCAGCUAAUCAAGUGAGGACAACAUCUCCUACGAAUAGUAUGACUGAUGAACAGUGGAAGACACUUGUGACCAUGUGGUCAAACCCAAAGCAUAAGGAGAGGUGUCUGAAGGCCAAAGUGAGUCGCAAGGAAGUUAAGUACCCUCACAAGACAGGUUCUAGGUAUUACCUUGCGCAGACCUAUGCUGUGAAACAGGACAAAUAUAAAGAUGAGCCGCCCACUGCAAUUGAUCUUUUUGAGGCGUUUCAUUGCAGCAGGAAGACUGGUUGUAGUGUGCCAGUAAAGGAAGCCAUUGCUCAAAUGGUAGCCAUUGUGGCUGAACCUCCAGAAGAAGGUCAAGCAUCAAAGACUCCUGCUGAAGCUGUCGCCCAAGUUUUGCCAUCCACAAAGUUUCUUCGAAAUGCUGGUCUUGAGAUACCAGCAACAAAGAAGAGCUCAUCUGCUUGUGCACAAGUAUAACAACUUCAAGCUGAAAUAAAUUGGAGAGGCAAGGUUCAGCAGCACUUCAAGAGAAAAUGGAUGAUCAACAAACUGAGGUAGAAGACUUGAAGCUGAAGUUCCAAGAAUCUGAAGCAGCAAGGGAGAAUCAAAUGGGAGAGAUUGAAAGUUUGAAGAAGCAAGGAGAGGAAACCAAUGCCCUUAUUCGCCGCCUGUUAUGCCUCAACAGGGAGUAGUUCUUUGAGUUCUUGCUGGUUUGAGGAGGUGCUGUGUAUUUAUUUUGCUAUACAUGUCGCUUGGUACAUGCUUUUUGACUCUGUUCAUGUAGUGGUGUUGGUGGUUCCAAGAACUUGUUACAUUGAACCUGUUAUCAGGCUGUGGUAUGCAUCUGGGAGAACUUGUGAAUCUGGUAGCUUUUGGAGUGAUGGUUGGUAACUUGUGAAUCUGGUGGCUUUUGGAGUGAUGGUUGGGCUGUAAUAAAUAUUUUGUAAAGUGACCUAUUCGACUUUGAAUGAAUCUGUUGUUGUGGGCUGAGAUGUUAA